CACUUAAACGUAGUACUAACCCUUUUUAGAACGAAAUAUCGAUAAUCGAUAUGGCGAAAGGAGCUGAGAGCUGAGGAGCGACGAGACUGUUCACCCGUGCCGGUUUCAGCUAAGACACAAGUUAAUCAUAAGUUUUCUAAAGUGGCGACGAAAAAAACUGUACCAUAGCAUCAAAUACAAAGGUCAUGGCAACUGUGGAAGAAACAUUAGCGAAAUUGCUAAUUAAAAUGCAAGAACAGCAGCACAGCGAUAGUGUGGCAAUGCAGAACAUUCUGUCGGAAAUAAUUCCCUCAAAUGAUUCCAAAAACGAUGUGAAGUUUGAAGGAAACCCGGAAUAUAUCAUCGAGGCCUUGGGAUCGAACAUCACAGAGUUUUGUUACGAUGUCGACCAUAACCUCACAUUCGACACAUGGUUUGCCUGCUAUGAAGACCUAUUUGAGCAUGAUGCAAGUAAAUUGGACGAUGCUGCAGACGAGGCUACUUCUUAGGAAAAUUAACACCGUAGUGCAUCACAAAUACGUCAAUUACAUACUUCCCAAACAUCCACGGGACAAAACUUUGGCCGAAACAGUGUCACUGCUUAAGCAACUUUUUGGGAUGCAGGCAUCACAAUUCAACAUUCGAUACAAUGGCUUGCAGAUCAACAAAGAUCCGAAUGUAGAUUUCAUUAC